AUGAGAACGAGUAAGAAAAAAAUUCCAUUUAGCAAAUUAAAGAAAGUCUUUGAUUCUUUAAAAGAAAUUAAAGAAAUUAAUGAUGAAUAUUAUUCUGACGAUCAAUCUUACAAACCUUCAAACAACUAUUUGAAAAACUUAGCACUUUUCAAGGAUAUUUUGGAUAAAGAAUACACCGGCAAAGCAAAGAAAAAAGAAAUUCUUGACUUUUUGGUUGGAUCAGAACCAAAACCUGAAAUCGAAGAACCUCAUGUUGACGUUAAUGAUACUGAAGCUGAAAUAGAGGAAUUAAUGAAUAUUCCUACAGCGCAGAUACCAUUAAAGAAGUCCCAUGAUGAAAGGUUCCAAGAUUUUGUUCAAGAAGUUUCACAGAAUUUGUUGAACGGUGAAUUUGAUGAAAGUUUAUCCAAAGAAGGUACAGAGUUUGUCAAAAGACAUAAAUUACAGUUCAUGGAUUCUAAUCUUGAUUGUAUCGAACUGUUCCAUCCAUUAGAUGAAGUCCCUUUCAAGAUCUUCCAUAAAAUUUGA